UCAGUAACUAAACAGUAAAAAUAAUACAUAAUAAACCAACAGCAACACUUCGCAAGUUGUUAUUACAGGUUUAAUGGGCAAUAAUAAAACACUAACUGGUCGUACGAAAUACGAAGACAUUACUGCGGAACAAUUUAUCGAAGGAAUAUUACUUACUAUCAUAUGUAUUGUAGCUGUGCUGGGAAAUAUAUCAAUUUGGAUUAUAGUCUUGAGAUCUCGUGCCCUGAGGACAAUUACAAAUUGCUUUCUUUUAGUUCUUUCUGCAUUUGACCUGUUGGUGUCGGUGAUAAAUAUACCAGUUACGAUUGCAACUAUAUUUUCGGGCGAAUGGCUUUUAUCAGAUGACGCAUGUGAAGUUCUUGGAUUUUCGAAUAUGGUGACGCUGUGUGGAAGUGUUUUGUCUUUGUGUAAUAUAAGCAUAAACAGAUACGUUAUGGUUUGUCAUCCUUCCAAGUUUAUUGAAGUAUACAAAAGGAAAAACGUUGCAAUUAUGAUUGUUGCAGCUAUAGGAGUGACUAUUGGCGUCUCUAUGCCACCAUUGAUUGGCUGGUGUGAAUACUCAUACACUCCAGCUCAGUACAUAUGCUUUGCUAACUGGCCAAUGUCAUUAUCAUAUUCACUGUUUAUGAUAUGCUGUUGUUUCGGUGUUCCCCUUGUUGUUAUGAUAUUUUGUAACUAUAAAAUUUACAGAAUAGUGAAAACCAGCAAAAAUAAAAUAAUGAAUAAUUACACUGUUAAAAUGUCAAUGUCUAAAGAUGAAACCGACAUCACACAGUCCGACAAUAUCUGUCACCAAGAUAUUGGAAAAGAACAAAAUCAGCACACUGGAAUAGGAAAUCAGGAUUUAAACAGAGAACCACAACUUGAUGACAACAAAGGCAAUAGAACAUUAUCAGUCAGUUUUAAAAUAAAAAUAUCACCUCCGAAACAGCCAGUUUACAAGGCAUCCAAGGCAAAACCAGAAGAAAUAAGACUUGCCAUAAUGCUUGGCACAAUAGUUGUUGUGUUUUUCGUGUGCUGGUUCCCUUAUCGUAUAAGUAUGAUAUUAAGCAUUCUAAUGCAACAACGUUUGUAA